CAACAAUUAUUGUUAUACACUUUAAUGACAUUUAAGUUUAAAAAUGCAAAAUAUGUUUAUGUAAUCAACACUAGGAGUGAAGGGUUUGACUGUUUAUACAUUGAAAACAUACAUAUAUUGAAUGCAAUGUUUUGAUUGCAAACUAAUUGUUAUCCGAAAACUCUGACCGCAAACACAUUUGAAGCCAAGUCCUAAGACAUGCCAUUAAUAAUCAAUGGUCUGGUCAUCGAUGAAGUGCCAAACGAUACCAACUCUUUGUUUGAUAGCUAUCCACACUUUAAGGAAUCGAGCGUUUCGUUGGUAUCUCAGGCGCCGAAAGUGAUCUCUUCGGCCGCUCUUCUGUACGUUUGUCAACGAGAGUACGGAAUAGUGACACCACAUGACAAGAAUAUAAGUAUAAUCGGAACCGAAGACACGACCACUUGUUGUAUAGGAGUGUUAAGGCAUUCGGGUUCGGGUGUCGUCUGUUUGGCUCAUUUCGAUACAUCAGAUGUCCAGAGAUUAGACAACUUUAUCGAAAAUAUGAUCAAAAAGAUAGAAGAGGUGAACAUAGGUCUCGGUCUCACUGACGGACACUUUGAGCUUCAUUUGGUCGGAGGAUUCAACGAUCCCAGACGUCUGUCCGAAGACAUAGUUCUCGCCCUCUUAUACGCAUAUCAUAAACAAGCGGUUAAUAUAGAUUUGAUGAGCGCUUGUGUUUGCAAAUUGAAUAACUCGUUGCGGGGAAACACCAAUUGGCCGAUCGUUUACGGCAUUGGUGUGAAUGUGAAGACGGGUGAGUUCUUUGCGGCCACUUUCACAGACAAAGGACCCGAUAUAUCGUUGAGAAGUGCCCGGUAUUACACCGGGUGUCACGAAAUGCUCGACAUUUACGACACAACAAUGGGUUUAUUACGAAUCGGACCAUUCAAUUACAGGCCGAUGAGAGGCGUCGACCUCUGGCUCUCGCAAGACGACGACUUCAUCCUUAAGCACUUGUCCACAUCACCCGAUGUGGAACCGCCUAACUUUGUGAUGGACGCGAGGGCUACGCUUAAGUUCAUACAACAGCACCCGUUUCCUGGGGUCACUAUAUUUCCCGAUAACAGACCGCGUUAUUACCGCAAAGACGACCUCACAGGCCAAUGGGUUCCUAUUUGUUAUUGACUAAAGUUAACUGCAAUUCAUAAUAUUUUUAAAAAUUAUAAUCAGAGCAAAGAUUUAAAGCAAUUUUAGC